AUGCUGACUCCACUCUUCUUGCUCACUUUAGUGAGCCUCACCAUGGGGUAUGUGUAUAAAAUGCCUCUUGUAAGAGUAGAACCACAAAGAAUCCAAAUGAUGCGCGAGGGGAAAUGGGCAAUGGCUCUAGAACAGAUGAAUGCUGAAAGAUUGAUGAGAAAAGCAUCCGCUGGAGCUGUGUACAACCAGAGUUUAACGGGUUAUCAUGAUGUGGAAUACAUUGGAAACAUAACUAUCGGAACACCAGAGAAGAUAUUUCAAGUACUGCUCGAGACCGGCACCGCAGAUUUUUGGGUACCAGACGCGUCUUGCGCUCCGCCUCCCAGGAUUAAAGGCUGCGACGAAUCUGAAUGUGACGCUGGCGCAACAUGCAAAAUCUUCUGCCCUAAAGUGGAGCUAUGUUGCGGUGGACCUGGAGGGAUGCUGGCAGAAAGGAAAUACACAUGCACUGGAAAAAAUGUCUACGAUCCAACGAAGUCCGCAACAUACGUCAAGAUGGAGGGAAGCUGGUUGUUUGAAUAUAACAAUGGUUUUGUACAAGGACUUUAUGCGAAUGAUACUGUACGAUUUGGUACUGAAGGUGAGCAUCGACUAACAGUUCCAGGAACUGGGUUUGGCAGAGCCGUUCGAAUAUCCAAAUAUUUGAUGAAUAGUCGAUUCGAUGGCGUUCUAGGAUUGGGAUUCACAUCACUGGCUCUGACUGAGACCAUCCAACCAUUUGUGCGUGCACAUCGGCUUGGUCUCGUUGAGCCUAUUUUUACCGUGCACAUGAGGCAAGUAGGAGUAGCCGACAAUGUUUAUGGUGGUGCCUUCACAUGGGGUGGCAUCGACACUGAAAACUGUGGCAAUUUAAUAGCUUACCAAGAGGUAUCACUAGUCUGGUUCUGGCAGUUCAGGCUGAGGAAUGUUUCUGUCGGAAGUUACGUCUCAAACACUGGCUGGGACGUUGCGUUGGAUACAGCAUCAGCUUUUAUCGGUGCACCACAUAGUGUGGUUAAGGGAAUAGCAAAGGCGCUCGAUGCAGAGUACAGCCCAGAGGAGGACGCCUACUUUGUUGACUGCGAUGGAUACCCGAAACUGCAGUUUGGCAUUGGUGAAAACAUAUAUACAGUCAAGGGAGAUAAUUUCAAGCUGACACUGGAAGAGUACAAAUGUAUUCUGCCUAUUUAUGCAAUGGAUAGCGUUUUCUUAGGACCAAGUUGGAUUUUCGGUGCUCCGUUCAUGAGGCAGUACUGUACCAUUUUCGAUAUGAAGAUGUUUCGAAUUGGAUUUGCUAAUUCGCUCCAAGAAGAAUAA